UCUCCUGGAGAUCCCAAGUGUCUCUGCAGCAGCCUCUGUCACCCUGUGACCUGCAGGUACUGGGAGAUCUGUAGGGAGGACACCGGGACAUCCCGGGAGCUGCGAAAUGGGAGUGUUGACAUUCAAGGACGUGUCUAUUGAAUUCUCUAUGGAGGAGUGGGCCUGCCUGGACCCUGCUCAGAAGCAUUUGUAUCAAGAAGUCAUGUUAGAGACCUACAGAAACCUGGUCUUCCUGGGUCUUGCUGUCUCUAAGCCAGACCUCAUCACCUGUCUGGAGCAAAGCAAAGAUCCCUGGAAGUUGAAGACACAGCAGACACUACUCAAGCCCCCAGCUCUACCUAAUCAUUCUACCCAAGACCAUUUGCAAGAGCUGGGCACAAAUAUUUUAUUUCCAGAGAUGAUCCUGAGUGGAUAUCAAAGCUGUGGCCCUGAGAAUUUAAACUUUACAAAAGACUGGGAAGGUGUGUAUGAGUGUAAGCAGCAGAAAGUAUGUUACAGUGGAAAUGACAAAUGUGUAACAGCUACCCAUGGCAAAGUCUUCAGACAUUUGUCACAUCUACAUAGACAGAUGAUAUAUACCUUAGGGAAAACUUUUAAAUGUAAAAGGUAUGAGAAGGCCUCUAAACUUUGCUCACACAUCACAGAACAUAAGAUAACAAAUACUGGAGAAAAACAAUACAAAUGCAAAGAACGUAGCCAAGUCUUCCGAUCUUGCUCAAGACUCUAUCCUGGAGAGAAACUCAAGAAGUAUGAAAAUGAUGGCAAAUGUCUUAACCACAUGUCAAAGUAUGGUAACCAUAAGAUUUUGAAUAUUGGAGAAAAACCUUACAAAUAUGAGGAAUGUGACAAACUUACCAAGAAGUACUCACACAUUUAUGGCCAUAAAAGAAUUCAUUCCAGAGAGAAACACUACAAAUGUCAUGACUGUGGCAGAGCCUUUAAACAUUACUCAAACCUUUCUGUACAUAAAGUACUUCAUUCUGGAGGGAAAUCAUACCAAUGUGAAGAAUGUGGUAAAGCCUUUAUGAGCCACUCACUCCUCUCUAGACAUCAAAGAAUUCAUUCAGGAGAGAAACCCUACAAAUGUCAAGAGUGUGGUAAAACCUUUAAGCAGUACUCAAGCCUUUCUGUACAUCAAAGAAUUCACUCUGGAGAGAAACCUUACAAAUGUCAAGAGUGUGGUAAAACCUUUAACUGGUACUCAAACUUUUUUGUACAUCAAAGAAUUCACUCUGGAGAGAAACUCUACAAAUGUCAAGAAUGUGCCAAAGCCUUUAACCAUUACUCAAGCCUUUCUGUACAUCAAAGAAUUCACUCUGGGGAGAAACCCUACACAUGUCAAGAGUGUGGCAAAGCCUUUAAUGACUGUUCAUCUCUUACUAAACAUAAAAGAAUUCACUCUGGAGAGAAACCCUACAAAUGUCAAGAAUGUGACAAAGCCUUUAACCAGCAUGCACACCUUUCUAGACAUCAAAGAAUUCACUCUGGAGAGAAACCCUACAAAUGCCAAGAAUGUGGCAAAGCCUUUAACGAUUACUCAAGCCUUUCUGUACAUCAGAGUAUUCACUCUGGAGGGAAACCCUACAGAUGCCAAGAGUGUGGCAAAUCCUUUAAUGUCAGUUCAUCUCUUACUAAACAUAAAAGAAUUCACUCUGCAGAGAAACCCUACAAAUGCCAAGACUGUGGCAAAGCCUUUACCUGGCACUCAGGACUUUCUAAUUCACUCUGGUGA